UUGGUUUAACACAUCCUCACUCCACAAUAUUGCCUUCUGCUCCCUCCUCACGCACAGGUGCCCUCACCGAGCUACCUAGUAGUGGCGACCUGUUUCCUCCGAUUAGGAGACCGAGUAAUCCACUUCCCUUCCUGGCGCUAAGAUUCACACAACAUGUCGACCAGCUCCACGACCGCCAGCAACCAGUCGACUGACAGCUUAACGCUCUCGGUUUCGGCGUGCCAGAGCCCCUACGACACACCUCUCACAUCACAUCCUCACAGUCCAAAGAGCACCACAAAGGACUAUUUCCCUGCCGACCCCACAGGUCAGACCCCGGUGAACAAUGUCUGCUUCGUUGGAGCCGGCUUCGUAGGUGGUCCAACGGCUGCUCUCGUUGCAUAUCACAACCCGCAGAUCAUCGUCAACGUCGUUGAUCUGAGUGAAGAGAAGGUCGCAGCAUGGAACUCUCGCCAUCUUCCCAUCCAUGAGAACGGCCUUCCGAAGAUUGUGAGAAUCGCCCGAGAUGGCACCAACCCCUCCAUCAUUGAUUUGGCCGCUCUGGGGACGGUCAGCAUACCUAAGAGGGCUCCCAACCUGAUAUUCUCGACGAGGGUAACCGAAUCGAUCGCUGAGGCCGAUAUUGUUUUCAUCUGUGUCAAUACGCCUACGAAGCUUUAUGGCGUGGGAGCAGGAGCGACCGCAGAUCUGAGCAUCCUUGAAAGUGCCACAAGCAUGAUUGCCAAAUAUGCGAAGGAUGGGGCAAUCAUCGUCGAGAAGAGCACCGUUCCUUGCGGGACCGCAAACAUGAUCCGAGACAUUCUCGAAUUCCACCGUCCCGGAGCUCACUUCGAAAUCCUGAACAAUCCAGAGUUCCUUGCCGAAGGCUGUGCUGUCGAGAACCUCAUGCACCCGGAUCGCAUCCUCAUCGGUAGCUCCACCACACCCAGCGGUACGAAGGCAGCCGAAACACUGAAAGGCGUAUACGCCGCGUGGGUCCCCGCAUCCCGCAUCCUGACCGUCAACACCUGGUCAUCGGAACUUACAAAGCUGGUGGCGAACGCCAUGCUUGCCCAACGCAUCUCGAGCAUCAAUGCCGUCUCGGCCCUGUGCGAGGAGCUCGGUGCCGACGUGGAAGAACUCAGCCUGGGUCUUGGAUCCGACUCCCGGCUCGGACGCCGCUUUUUGCAUGCAGGCGUGGGUUUCGGCGGCUCGUGCUUCGAAAAGGACAUACUCAACUUGUCGUACAUGGCACGAUCCUUGCACUUGGACGAGGUUGCCGACUACUGGAUGGGAGUGCUGGAUAUCAACAAGUACCAGAGGCAACGGUUCGGCAGGAAAGUUGUCCGCGCCCUCAACGGAUCGCUUCGGGGCAAGAAGAUCGCCAUCCUCGGUUUCGCUUUCAAGGAGAACACAAACGACACCCGCAAUAGUGUGGCAGUCCAUCUGAUCGCCGAGCUCGCAGCCGAGAUGCCUGCAGAGAUCUCAGUCUUCGAUCCGGGCUGCUCGGUCGCUGGCAUCGAGGAGGAGAUCCGUAAAAUGGGCCUCAGCGACAUCCAAUUGCAGCGCAUCAAGGUGCGGGAGCACUGGAGGGAAACGGUCGACAAGGCAAGCGCCGUGUGCAUCCUGACCCAGUGGAACCAGUUCCGCUACCCGUCAGCGACCGCUGGCGUCAAGACCAAGGCCAAGGCGGUGCCGCAGACACAGCGUGUGGGAGCUUCCGAUAACGUCGGGUGGUUCUUCAAGAACAAGCUGUCUGAGAUGGACAUCAUUGAGCUUGAGGAAUUCGUCACGCGUGAUCGCAACGACGCAGGCGAGGACCCGCUCAAUCGGUUCAUGCCGGAGUCCGAGUGCCCCCUUGAGUGUGCGGACUGCCGGGCGAAGCAGGUUGGCAUGAAGGAAGGCGAGACUGUCGACUGGGCGGAGGUCGCAACACUCAUGCGCGAGCCCAGGUGGGUGUUUGACGGGCGGAGUAUGGUGGAUGGCUCUCAAUUGGAGAAGCUGGGUUUCCGGGUGCGAGGAGUAGGCAAAGGCCUCACGUCAUGAUCAUUUUUUCAUUUCAUUUUCGGUUUGUUGGCGGGCUACUAUUUCCUAUAUCUAGACCAGGCACAUCUAAAAGUAAUGCCUUCGAGGGCGCAUUUC